UGAAAUGUUCUGCUAAUAUUCCACUUAUUCGCGUGCUUUUUAGUGGCUAGGUUAGUGGCUAAUCCGGCUAGACAUUCUGCGACGGUAGGGGGGCCGAAGCCUAAAACCUUGCCUUUGGCUGCAUUUAGCUGCGUCUUUAGCGAGCUUAGCUGCUUAGGUAAAUCAAAGCUGAACUUCCCCUUCCCAUCUUACGGUCUUACCAUCUUCACUCGUUCCUGACCCUGUUGGCUCAUUUCUAUGCGAACUCUCUUUCCCCUGUCAAUAAGUCAAUAAGUCGUCCUAAGUCGUCCUAACUCGUCUCUAAUCUGCUCGCCUCUUUUUAUUCUCUUCUGUUCCCCCCAACCCCCAAUUUCCAUUCUUUUACUAGUCACUCAUAAACUCGACUACAUAUCCGACUGCAUACCCGGUGAACACAGGACUGUUCCCUUUCGUUCGUUUAUCACGAGUACCUAGUUUCCGAAUUGACCGGAAAGAUACAUCGAUCGCUACUGUAUACGCGCUCCUUCAUACCAAAAAAACUCACGACUGUACCUGUUAGAACACAAUAGACAUCAAUUAAAUCAACCAAGGAGGGUUGAGUCGUAAUACCAAUUGGAUUGCAAAAAGUCAACGACACCACCGCGAAGCACAAGAAAUCUGCUCCAAGCAGAGUAACUGGGAACCCAAUCCAUCACAAUGCCGAGCUUCAUCGAAAAGAUUCAAGCCAAGCUUGAGCUAUUCCGGCUCGAGCAGCGAUACACGCGCAACCGCCAUCGCCGCUCUGCUUUCAUCAGCAAUGCCAUCUACGUCGAUGGCGAGUACAUCUACCAAACCCCCAACACCACGGGAUCAUCUACCAAUAGUUCCUCCACUGCUGCCUCGUCGCCAGUCGAAGAGCCUAAUAGACGACAUAGUGCUAUCGUCGAAGAGCCAAGAAGCCGUUAUAACAUGGAACCCCAGACACCGGCGCAGAAGAAGCGAUUAAACCGAUUCUCAUCAAUGCCGGGAUUCGGCUCCUCGUCAAAGAGCAGCUCUCGUGACUGGAGACCUGACGUUGCCGACGUGAACGAAGUACGGUGAACAAACAAUGGGGGAUGUUCAUCAAGAAGACAACGAUAGAUGAAAUUACAUUAGGCCGGUGUACAUGGUGUCAUGAGCUGACUAGGGAUUGUUUGUGUUUGAAUAUUCCAACUCAAUAGGUGGUUUAACUAUCGUCAUAGAGCAUCAAGGACUUUGACGAUUGCCCUUCGAUCAGUGUUUGGUGUAUCGCCAAGUGCUACAGUAUCAUAGAGAUAUCCUGAUCGUGCGAAGGCUUUUGGAUUCGGCGUUAUGACACGAUUUUUCAGCUGUAUAUAUUUGCUCUCACGACAAGGGAAAAUUGAAUAGUAUUUCAAAGCUCAUGACUUAAUUUGGGUUUUUAGUCCCAUGGAAUUAGAAUUACGUACCUUUUAAUCCAUUAUAUCGUUCUAGCUGCUUAGACGCUACACAUGACGAUUUUAUUCUA